UCAUUCCUGACCUUUACUACUAAUUCUAAAGGCUAAGCUAAAUAAGAUUGCAAUGGGACAAUCAGAAGCAAACAGUGUUUUAGGUCUUCUGGCUGCUAUGGAGGGACUCACACGCAUGGAGGAGAUAGAGUUGGAGGGCUGGAGGAUGGCUGAUAGAGGGAUAGAGCAGCUGAGCAGACUUCUUCCUAUCUGGACGGAGCUCAAGAAGAUCAGUCUGUCAAAGAACCUCAUCGAUGACCAAUCAGGAGACACACUACUGGAGGCUUUGACGAGCUGCAGACACCUGCAAGAGCUCCAGUAA